CACGUUGGGAGAAACACAACUCUGCAGGGCUGUAGGAUUAUCUUCAGAGGACAUGGCAACCAGUUCUCCCUCCCAAAGGAUCGGAGUUGUAGGAUACGGACAUCUAGGGCAGUACCUGGUGGAGAGGAUCCUUAAAGAUGGAGCUCCUCUCGGUCUCACGCUGGCUUUUGUUUGGAACAGGAAUUCUGACAAGCUCAAAGGCUUAGUUCCUGAUGAACUCAUACUCGGUGACCUAUCAUCCUUUGCAGACAGGCGAUGUGAUGUGAUUGUAGAGGUGUGCCAUCCUCAGAUAGUGAAGGAUUUGGGGAUUCAGUUCCUGGCUCAGUCUCAUUUGUUGGUGGGCUCUCCCUCUGCCCUCUCAGAUCCUGAUCUCAACCAGAAGCUGCGUCAGGCGGCUCAGCUGCAUGGUAGGACACUUUACGUCCCUAGUGGUGCAUUAUGGGGAGGCCAGGACAUCCAGAGGCUGAAUGACAGUGGAGGCUUGAAGGCUUUGUUCAUAAGAAUGUCCAAACAUCCAUCCUGCUUCCGGCUGACAGGAGACGUCCUCUCUGAUUGGACGGAGGGAGAGGGCAGGCGUGUCUUGUUCAGAGGCUCAGUGGCAGAGUUGUGUCCACUUGCUCCAAACAAUGUAAACACCAUGGCAGCAGCAGCAGUGGCAGCAGGGACACUCGGCUUUACUGGGGUUCAGGGAGAGAUAGUGUCCGACACAGCGUUAAGUGACUUCCAUGUGGUGGAGGUGGAGGUGACUGGGCCAGCUGGUUUCUCAGUGCACACAGUGAGGAGGAACCCAGCCAAACUGGGAGCUGUAACCGGCAGCGCAACAUACAACUCCUUCUGGAAUAGUUUACUAGUUUGCAAGGGUCACGGUGGCCGAGUCUACUUGUGCUGAAGCAGAGGAGAGCUCGACAUCCCCACAGAAAGAAGAUCCACAUGAAUCAGCGGAGUCACUGGAUCAAUAUGUUACUGAGAACUUCAAAACCCACAGACCCUCAUAAUUUGUGUUCCAAUAAACGGCAUGCAUACAAGAAAA